GGUGUGUGAGUGAGCGAGCGAGCGACCUGCAGCGCGCGAGAGUGGGCAGCGACUACACUAAAUGACGAGGCGCCGUCGUUCGGACCGUAAAAGUGGUACCUACUGUCCGGGUGUGCACACGCACAGUCGUCUCUACAACGGCGUCUAUGUAAGUCCCCCCUUCCCUCCUGGAAGCCCUGGAAGCCGUGGACUGCUUUCUCCUUGAAUCCCAGAUGGGGGAUGGGCUAAUUGGAAUCGGCCCCCCGGAAACGCCCAAAGGAAAGCCAGCAGCCCGUGAUCCUGGGCUCCAUGGCCCCAGUGGCCCUGCGAGAUGGGAAAUAAUCUCGCUUGAAAUGGACGCGGUGGCUCUCAGGUCGCCGGAGAGGCCAAUCAGCGCUCUGCAGCCGCACGACAUCCUGGGACUCUUCGGUGGACAAGCAUUGACUAGGGUGGCAUCAACUGUUCCGAGUGGGCUAGAGCAUGUGCCUGGACAUGGAUGCCGUCCGCCAUCAGGGCUCGGCGACAGGAACAGGAACAGCGCAGUUGCGGCAGCAAGCAAUAGCGACAUGGAUAAGGGCAUGGGGACGGCGGCCACAACUGCGCGCUUCUUUCGCCUGUCACCACCUCCUCCAGGAUUUUAUCCAACCCAUCCCACCAUCGAUCCAUCCCACGAACUUACGAAGAGGGGGGCGCCCUCGCAUCUUCCUCCAGGGCCCCGACGGUCACAGCGGUGUUGGUGGGUUCUCGAGGAGAGGAGAGGAGGAAAGGCGACGAGACAUAGCUGGCACGGGCUGGAAACCUGGCUGGAAACCUGGCUGGAAUCCAUCCAUCGCUGGCAUGGGGCACAUCGGGGUGGAUAGAUGAUAGAUCCAUCUUACGCACAACAGCAUCUCGGGAGGGUACGUACGUCCAUACGUACAGCAGUUCCAGUCCCAGUUCCAGUUCCGUCAAGCACGGUAUGAGUUUGGGAGUGGUAUUUUUGGCCACGCGAGGGUUGGGUCGAAACGCGAUGAAUGGAUACGAAGGCGGGCGGCGGUUCCAUCAGCCAACUCACCGUACUACGUAGCACGUACAGUAUCCGUACCUGACGAUCCAACACUCACCGUCUGUGGCGAGGUGGUGUAGACGGGUUCGUACUGGAGCACGGAGUCGUGGGACUUCAAAAAGCCCGUUGGAAACCCGCAUGCAUUAUCACGCUGCACCCGCUGCACCAUGCUUGCACCGCUAUGCACCGAAACGUCGCCUGCAUGUUCGUGCCUGUAUCUGCGUUGGCGCGUGCAUGAAGAAGAAAAACGGUCCCUUCUCGUAUGAAAAUAGACUACAGGGCCUGUCAGGUGGGUGUGACAGC